UCCGAGUGUUGACGUGUACAGUGCGUGUUGCGGAUACAGUUAAAUAUACCUCGACGCUUACAUUAUAUGACAUAACUAAAAUACUUUGUUUACAUUGUUGAUCUACGUCACAUCUUUACAACGAAUUGUUACAUUAUCAUCAAGCGUAAGAGUGUACGGCGUACCUUUCGUCUGUUAACCAGAUAUUUCAUAAUCGGGACGCUGGCGAUUGGCAUUACUGCAUUGGUGGCAUUUUGUUGUUUACGAUAGUACGGAAAGCACGGACUCGUAUACUAACUUUUCCAAUUCUUAGUUACUUACUAAAAAAGUUCAUCAACCUAUUUUGACCAGAUAUUUAAAAAGAAAACAACGCAUCGUUUUCAAGACGUCAUUUUUUACUGAAGUAACACAUUAACGCACAUCGCUAUAAGCAGACUACUUAACACACUUUGCAAUAAGGUUAAAAGUGAAAUCCUGCAUUUCUACUUCUUUUUAAGUGAACUCUCCAAUUAAAUAUUUGUUCCUUUGUAAAGAUGGAAUCAAACAAUAACAAACUAGCGGAAGAUAUUGAAAUUAAUGAACAUUUCAAUCCAGAUGAGAUAUUACACGUAUUUGUUGCUGCAUUUUCUGUGGAGGAAAAACAAAUAGUUAGCGGUUUGUUAUUGGACGACUUUAAAAUGUUUUUCUUACAAAUGGGUGCUUCAGUAGUUAAUAUAAAUUUACAUCAAAAAGCACGCUUUGUAUCAUGUUUUGGAUAUUCUUCUCGUGUCAACUUUUAUAAUUCAGUUAAAAUGUUUAUCAUAAACCAUUUACAGCAUGAGAUAAAGCCAAAUGUUUUAAAAUCAACAAAUCAUAUAUUUUUGAAGUCGUUGACCACUGCCUGGGAAAAUUUUUUUGAAGCUCUAAUUACUAUAAACAAUGUUAUGGAUUAUAUGGAGAGUAUUCAUUCUGGACACAACAAAUUAGAGCAUUUUGACAAAUUAGGAGUAAUAUUGUUUCGUUGUAUGGUUUUUCAAAAUGAUGAGGUACAAUUACGCUUCCAACAAUGUUUGUCAGAAAUGAAACUAGUUAAAGUGAGAGAAAUAACAUUAUUAAAUUCUGAUCGAUUGUUACUCGAAGGUGUAUCGAUUAUGUGUAAUUUGUUAAAAAUGGAUUCUAUUUAUGAGGGUUAUGUAAAACCAUUCUUUAUGAGAUUAACAACUGAGUAUUUUCAAACAAUGAGCAAGGACUAUUUAUUUCAAUAUUGUGCAUGUGUUUAUUUUGAAAACGUUCACGCCAAAAUAAUGGAAGAAAUGAACAGAAUACAAUUUAAAUUGGACGCAAGAUCUGUAAACGAUAUUAAUGAAGUUAUUAAAACAGAACUCGUUAAAAAAAAUAUGAAGACUAUUAUAGAGAUGGAAAAUUGUGGUGUUAUGUAUUUGUUAAAGAACAACCAAUAUGAUGAUUUGAGAUGUAUGUACAAUUUUUUGUAUACUGUGGAUGGUGGUGUAAAAGUGAUGAUUGAUAGUAUGUGUCUAUACUUUCGUGAACUAGGAACAUCAGUUGUACUUGAAAAAUUGAAUUCUGAUAUUAUUAGUUGUGUUCAGAGUUUAUUGGAUCUGAAAGAAAAAUUUGAUGUUUUAUUUGCAAAUGUCUUCUGCCAUGACCUAUUAUUUGAUGAAAUUGUUGGUGGUGAAUUUGGUUCUUUCUUAAAAUUAAAUUCAUUAAUACCUAAAUUUCUCUCUAAAUUCCUUGAUCUAAUGCUAAGAAGAGAUAAAUCCGUGCUUACUAAAAAUAAUAACGAUGUGAACAAAAUUGUAUUCCUGAUUAAAAAUCUUCAAAAUAAAAGUGAUUUUGAAACUUACUAUCAGAUUCAUUUUGCAGACAGAUUACUUUGUUAUAGAUAUGUCAACAUAAGGGCAGAAAACAAAAUGAUGAAUAAAGUUUUAAGUAUUUUUGUCGAUGAUCAUGGCAAACGUAAUUCAUUAUUUGUAUCAAGGAUUGAGGGGAUGUUUAAGGAUAAGUUUAUAACAUCUAAAACUAGCAUACAAAGUUAUAAUGAGUUUGUUACUGUUAACAAGUGUAUUUUAGGUAUUCUACAGCCUUUUGAUAUUGAUGUAGAAGUAAUAAAUUCAGUAUAUUGGCCAGUUAUUGAUCCGAAAUCAAUAUGCAAAGUACCAGCAUUUGCUUUGAAUGUUUUUAAUGAUUUCAAAAAAUACUACUCCAAAGGAGAGACGAGAAAGACUUUAAAGUUAUUACCUCAGUUUGGUACAGUUGAAUUGGUCGCAACUUAUUAUGGUGAACCUAUUUUCCUUAAACGAUCACAUGAUGGUGGUAAAUGCUCACCAGUCCCCAACAGUCGACGUGUUGAACGACAUUUCAAAGUUCGUGUGACAACUUAUCAGAUGUUUGUGCUUGAUUUAUUCAACACUAAUGACGGUUUAAAAUUUAAAGAAAUUCUGAAGGAAACUAUGAUUCCAGAAAGAAGUUUAAUUAAUGCAUUGAGAGGAUUGAUCUGUUUUCACCGUUUACUUCGAAAAAAUCCUAGUGGCCAAGAAAUUAGUGCAAAUGAUGAAUUCUAUAUUAAUGAAUCCUUAGGAUUUCAGUAAUUCCUUAUUUACAUUCAAAUGAUUCAGUUUAGUAAGUAAGUUAUGUGUUGAUAAAAGUUCCUUCAUCACCUUUGAAGUACCUAUUAGGAACACUCGUAAUAAUACCACCUCUCUAUUACAUUAAUUUUUUUAAAACGAGUUGUUAAGCUAUUUCAUGCAAUGUGCCAUAAAUAUCCUACAUUUAAUUUUGUUUAAAUUCAUUAAUA